AUGGUGAGGCUUGUGCUGCCCAACCCUGGCCUAGAGGACCGGAUUCCAUCUCUGGAUGAAUUAGAGGUCAUUGAAAAGGAAGAGUCCAGCUCCAGGCCCAAAUGGGACAACAAGGCCCAGUACAUGCUCACCUGUGUGGGCUUUUGUGUGGGGCUGGGCAACGUGUGGCGCUUCCCCUACCUAUGCCAGAGCCAUGGAGGAGGGGCCUUCAUGAUCCCAUUCCUCAUCCUCCUGGUGCUGGAGGGCAUUCCCUUGCUGCACCUGGAGUUUGCCAUCGGACAGAGGCUACGCAAGGGCAGCGUGGGCGUGUGGAGCUCCAUCCACCCUGCUCUGAAGGGUGUAGGCAUCGCCUCCAUGUUCGUGUCCUUCAUGGUGGGCCUGUACUACAACACCAUCAUCGCCUGGGUCAUGUGGUAUUUCUUCAACUCCUUUCAGGAACCUCUGCCAUGGAGUGAAUGUCCACUCAACCAGAAUCAGACAGGCUACGUGGAAGAGUGUGCCAAGAGCUCUUCCGUGGACUACUUCUGGUACCGAGAGACUCUCAACAUCUCCACUUCCAUCAGUGACUCGGGCUCCAUCCAGUGGUGGAUCCUGCUCUGCCUGACGUGUGCCUGGAGUGUGCUGUAUGUGUGUAUUAUCCGUGGCAUCGAGACCACUGGGAAGGCUGUGUACAUCACCUCCACCCUGCCCUAUGUUGUCCUGACCAUCUUUCUCAUCCGUGGCUUGACUCUGAAGGGUGCCACCAAUGGCAUUGUCUUCCUUUUCACACCCAAUAUCACGGAGCUGAGCAACCCCAACACGUGGCUGGAUGCAGGUGCUCAGGUCUUCUACUCCUUCUCACUGGCCUUCGGGGGUCUCAUCUCCUUCUCCAGCUACAACUCUGUGCACAAUAAUUGUGAGAUGGAUUCUGUGAUCGUGUCCAUCAUCAAUGGCUUCACAUCUGUGUAUGCGGCCACCGUGGUCUACUCCAUCAUUGGUUUCCGAGCCACUGAGCGCUUUGAUGACUGUGUCAAUACGAACAUCCUGACCCUCAUCAAUGCAUUCGACCUGCCUGAGGGCAAUGUGACUUCAGAGAACUUUGAGGCCUAUCAACAGUGGUACAAUGCCACCUAUCACGAGGCUUAUGCACAGCUGAAGUUUCAGACCUGUGACAUUAACACCUUCCUUUCUGAGGGUGUGGAGGGCACAGGCCUGGCCUUCAUUGUCUUCACUGAAGCCAUCACAAAGAUGCCAGUGUCCCCAUUGUGGUCGGUGCUCUUCUUUAUCAUGCUCUUCUGCCUGGGCCUCUCCUCCAUGUUUGGAAACAUGGAGGGUGUAGUGGUACCCCUUCAGGACCUCAAUAUCACCCCUAAGAAGUGGCCCAAAGAACUGAUGACAGGCCUCAUCUGUUUGGGGACCUAUCUCAUCGCCUUCAUUUUCACACUGAAUUCUGGCCAGUACUGGCUCUCCCUCCUGGACAGCUAUGCUGGCUCCAUCCCUCUGCUAAUCAUCGCCUUUUGUGAGAUGUUUUCCGUCGUCUACGUGUAUGGAGUUGACAGGUUCAACAAGGACAUCGAGUUCAUGAUUGGCCAUAAGCCCAACAUCUUCUGGCAAGUCACGUGGAGAGUGAUCAGUCCACUGAUCAUGCUGGUCAUCUUCCUCUUCUUUUUUGUGAUUGAGGUCAACAAAAGGCUCACGUAUAGCAUCUGGGACCCUAACUAUGAGGAGUUCCCGAAAUCUCAGAAGGUUCCAUACCCCAACUGGGUGUAUGCCGUUGUGGUCAUUGUGGCUGGAGUACCCUGCCUCACCAUCCCCUGCUUUGCCAUCUACAAGCUCAUCAGAAACAGUUGCCAGAAGUCUGGUGACCAACAUGGGCUGGUCAAUACGCUGUCCACAGCCUCUGUGAACGGGGACCUUAAGAACUGA